CUUCGCGCGCCGCAGCCCGGGAGAGUCAGAAAGGCAAGGGGCGGCGGGAGCAGGCGUGUGGGACUCCAGACCGGAGAGCCGGAGGCUGCGCCUUCCCCGCACCGGGACCUUCGCGACGCACCAAAUUCUAGUCCCUGCCCCGUGCGAGCGCCCACGAUGACCACCACCAUCUUCGACUUGAGCGAAGUUUUAUGCAAGGGUAACAUGCUCAACUACAGUGCUCCCAGUGCAGGGGGCUGCCUGUUGGACAGGAAGGCGGUGGGCACCCCUACUGGUGGGGGCUUCCCCCGGAGGCACUCAGUCACCCUGCCCAGCUCCAAGUUCCACCAGAACCAGCUCCUCAGCAGCCUCAAGGGUGAGCCGGCCCCACCUUUGAGCUCUCGGGACAGCCGCUUCCGAGAUCGCUCAUUCUCAGAAGGGGGCGACCGGCUGCUGCCCACCCAGAAGCAGCCAGGGAGUGGCCAGGUCAACUCCAGCCGCUAUAAGACGGAGCUGUGUCGCCCCUUCGAGGAGAACGGUGCCUGUAAGUACGGAGACAAGUGCCAGUUCGCACACGGCAUCAACGAGCUCCGAAGCUUGACCCGCCACCCCAAGUACAAGACGGAGCUGUGCCGCACCUUCCACACCAUCGGCUUUUGCCCAUACGGGCCCCGCUGCCACUUCAUCCACAACGCCGAGGAGCGCCGCGCCCUGGCCGGGGCCCGGGACUUCUCCGCUGACCGUCCCCGCCUCCAGCAUAGCUUUAGCUUUGCUGGGUUUCCCAGUGCCGCUGCCACUGCCGCUGCCACAGGGCUGCUGGACAGCCCCACAUCCAUCACCCCACCCCCCAUCCUGAGUGCUGAUGACCUUUUGGGCUCACCCACCCUGCCCGAUGGCACCAAUAACCCCUUUGCCUUCUCCAGCCAGGAGCUGGCGAGCCUCUUUGCCCCUAGCAUGGGGUUGCCCGGUGGUGGCUCCCCAACUACCUUCCUCUUCAGGCCCAUGUCCGAGUCCCCUCACAUGUUUGACUCUCCCCCCAGCCCUCAGGAUUCUCUCUCGGACCAGGAGGGCUACCUGAGCAGCUCGAGCAGCAGCCACAGUGGCUCAGACUCCCCCACUUUGGACAACUCAAGACGCCUGCCCAUUUUCAGCAGACUUUCCAUCUCAGAUGACUAAACCAGGGUAGGGAGGGACCCCCUGCCUGCCGCCUCCCACCCCCACCCACAUCUCUUACCCUUGCCUCCCUCCCCAUCCAACCCUUCAUUAACAAGGUUAAGCUCAACCCCUUUUUCCCAGAACCUUGGAAUGCCCCUCCCUCUCCCCCUUUUUAUACCCCUCCCCCCCAAACAUAAGGACAAGUCAAUUUGUCAGUAGCUUCCUCUGGCUUGAAACCCCCUCCCCUCGAUUUUAUAACCCACUUACCAUGCGGAUCAGACAAGUCCCAUAUUUGUCAGUAGAUGCCUUUUUUUCUCCUCCCGGCUUAAGCCUUAAGUGCCAAAUCCCAAAAGAAAAAGCAGUAACAGUUUACAGAAGCAACUUUAGUGCCUUGUAAUCUAACUUUGUCACUGUGACUACAUUACCUCUUCAGCGCCAGAGGGCACCCGUGGGCCUCCUGGAGCCUCUGCCCAUGGGGGGGAGGGUGGGAGGGAGACCCAGAACCAGCAGCUCCCUCCACUGGCGACACAAAUGCACCUUCCCUAACACACCUUCUCCUCUCCUCUCUUCCCAGAACCCCCCAGCCCCCCACCCCCCCCUUGGGAGAGUUGUUGCCAGACUUGGGUUUUUGGGGAAACCUAUCUUGACAUUCAAAACCUUUUCCUUCGCGGCCCGAACCUCUUUGACUAGUCUUGCUGGGUUCAGUAGGUCUACAGGAAGGAAAGCUGAAAAAGUGGAUGAAGAUUGUGACAUAAGUGGGACUGUGUGAUUUUAAUUUUUUCUUUCUUUUUUUUUUUUUUAAGUGGGGAGGAAGGGGAAGCUAGAUGGACUAUGAGAGACUUGAUUUUGGUGCUAAAGUUCCCCAGUUCAUAUGUGACAUCU